AACUGAUAAGUUAAUUAACAUAAUAGGAAUUAAAUGAGUAAAUUGUCUGUAUUCAAAGCUAAAAAACGACCCGGGGGUUAUAAUUCGACCCUUCAAAAGACAGCCGAGAGAAGUCCAAAAGUUUCAUCAAGUGAACUUGAUAGCCCGGGCUUGUACUUUUCGCCCAUCAAAACGCCGUCAAUUCCCCUACUUAAAAACUUUCAUAAAAGCGUAGCCAAAAAAAAGAAAAGUUUUUUAUCGGUCGCAUAUGUUUUUCACACAUGUCCCGCCGAGAAUGGGCAGGGGUGAACGAGAACCUUCAUAGGAUCUGCCAUGACGUACGAUUCGAUCUCGAAAAAGAGGAAAGCUCGUACAAGCUAUAUCGGCUUUGCGAAAACUUCGCCCGGCGUACUGGCGACCGCGAGCUUGAAGUUAAACUUCAGCGGCGAUUCGCCGGCGCUUGGGCGGACGGCUUUCUUCACAGCCCAUCGACUUCAAUGCGUAAACUCAAAAACAAGAAUAUAUACAACAUCCUGCUUCCUCAAACCCGCUACAAGGAUUUCUUAAGAAGCAUUGACGAACGACAAAUCGACAGGAACUUCCUUAUCAAAAUACUAUACAUUUUAGCGGGGGUUGUUGUCGGCUUGUUCUUCUUAUUUAUCGCAUACGUUACUUCCGUCCUGGUUGUCAACGUAUUGAGGUGCAUUUGGUACAGCUACAACAGCCAUUCUAAACGAGAUGUUUCCAGCUGGGUCAAAAAGGGCCAGAGAAAGCACGACUACAUCGUUAGCGAAGCUUUGAUAGAUGACUCAGGUGUAAAGAACUAUUUAUUCAGGGACGAAAAGGCGAACUGGGAAUUUUUACUCGAUGAAACGAUAGACUGGUUCGCGAGACAAAAGAAAACAGACGAUCUUAUUAUCUGCAAGCUGAAUAUGGAUAUGGCUUCAAAUGGGGAGAAAAGGCAAACAAAUAAUGCCACCUGCCAAACACAGGCAAAUUCCCCUACAUCCCCAAGAACAUGUUUCCUCAAAGAAAUCCCCUACUGUAUGAAUAAGGAUGUAAUAAUUAAUGAAUGCUACUUAAACAGUGCGAGUCUUGCCUGCAUUGAAAUUACAAACGAAGACAACGAUGAAAUCAAAUGAAUUUAAGACCAAUAAUAUUGUAAAUAAUAUAAAUACAAUCACAUUGUAUGAUCAUU